AUGCAGAUUAUCAGCCUUUCUACCCGGGAACAAAUAAAUGAUGGCCCCAGCGACCAGCCGGUUGAUGACGGGCACAUGUCUCCACCCGCAGGUCAAUUGUCGUUCCUUGAGAAAUUACCCGCUGAGAUCAUUCAAGAUAUUGCGUCUUAUCUCUCAGCUUCGGAUCUCGCCUGCCUCGGUGCCACUUCCUGGACUCUUGUCGAUCAUGCGUCGAAUGACUUGCUAUGGGCUAAGCUGGUAAACGAGAGACUACCUGCUCCAAUCCAAAACUCAGGUCCCUUUAGGUCAUUUCGCCGCCUCUAUCUUGCAUAUCACCCUUGCUGGUUCAUUCCUCAGCACAAGAUCUGGGUCGCAGAUAAUGAAAAUACGGGGAUGCUGAUCAUAGCACGAUAUGAUAACCUUCGGGGUGUGAUUGAAGCAUACCAGGUCGUCGCAGAACGUGGCACUCCUCAAUUUCAAAUAUGGAUAUCACACCCAGAAGUUAUUAUCCAAUCCUUUGAACCCAGUGUAUAUCUGGGGCUGGAUGAUGAUCCCGUCUUGUUUCUCAACGAUCCUAAUCCAUCCUCCCGGACAGCCCCAAUACAAUCUAUUCAAUCAGCGACAGAUGAAAAACGCAUGCCCAUAGCUUCGAAUGUCCAGCAUAUCUACAAAUCACUGUCGCUUUGCUCUGCACUAAGCCUCCGAGGACCUUGGGUCAACCCAGAUGUGCUUUGGCCGCCACAAAUCAUCCCGAGUAAGGCACGCACAGUUCGUGAUUUGAAGGACUCACCACCGCAAAUACUGAACAAUUUAUCGGAAUUGUCGGAAUCGCUAUUCCGUGUCAGGAACUGGGUAAACCCAAGGUUUAGAUUGUCGCCAGUAUCAAAUGAAGCGAGUCUAACUUGCUCAACUCUCGAUCCUGUCCUUUACACUCCCACUCCUGAGAAACCCUAUCAGGGAAUUUGGAUUGGAGACUACUCAGCCCAUGGCUGUGAAUUCUUGCUUGUUCUCCAGAACGACAUCACGGCCAUAGCAUACGGCGAUGAAAACGAGUCGCAGAUGAUGGACACGCAGGACGAGGUCGAACACGAUAACCAAGAAAAUAUCGAGGAUGUUGGACAGCGAGGUCAGUUGCAAGCUGUCAAGCUGACAGGUGACCCCAACGUUCCUCGUGGCCAGUUCUCGUUCGUUGCCCAAGAAAUUGGCUCCAAAGGCUUGAUCAGUGUCGAGACGGAAGAGCCUUUUGUCGGCGCCCGAAUUGUACGUUGCCGCGGUCAUGUAGCCGGACUUGGGUUCCGUGACGAUACCUACAUUGACUCCCAACUGAUCCUUAUUUCUCCUAACCACAUGGCUCAUUACUGGGAGGAAAUGGGCCACGUCUCCUAUUACCACCGUGUGGACAUUGAUGCUCUGCUACGUACAUAUGUAGUUCAUAAGUAG